AGAAGGAAUCUGGAGCGUCUGUUUCAUCUCAUCCAACGCUCAAGAUUUAAUCCCGUUCAAGAGUUUUGCAAUUCCAAAAUAUGCGAUAUUCUUGAAUUUAUAAGCUAGAUAUCAGUUACAUUGUAGAUGAGGAUGCCUUCAGAGUUCAACGAAUUUCUUCCACAAUUCUAUUCAUUGUUUAUUAAGUUUUCAUAUUUGUUCCAUAUUCCUGACAACAUACGAGAAGAACAAGAUGGAUCGUCAACAAGAAACAGAUGCGGCCACAUCUAAUUCCAUAUCGCCAGACAAAAAGAGGACGAAAGUUACAAAUCCCCGGCUUUCUUUAAGUGAUAAAGGAAAGACAAAGGCUUCGUUUGUUCCGUUUGUGUAUGGGUCAUUAUCUGUAGGAGCAAAACGGAACGUGAACAGGGACAUAAAACCGACAGUUCCAAGAAUGCCAUCAACUAAUGUAAUUGACUUGACAACUCCAGAUAGCGUUCGAUGCUUCCAAUCCGAAGCGAAGCCACACAUAACAAAGGUAUAUGCUAGAAGAAAACAUAAGGGUCCAUCAUUGAAUCUUAGGACCACCCCAGCCGCGUUCCAUGAUGCUUUAAAGAAGUUGAAUGACGCACAGAAAUCUGCUGUUCGAGACAUUGGAUUUGGCCGACUCCUAGAGUUGAAAGUAAAGGACAUACCGGCUAGACUUGCGUAUUGGGUUCAAAAUAAGUUCAACCCCGAAACAUGUGAACUUGAAAUCGAUGCAAGAAGACGUGUUGCGGUAACACAGGGUGAUGUUUAUAGGAUAUUUGGCUUUCCAUGUGGUAAUCAAUCCAUCAAGAUAUUCGAGCGUAAGUCAAACAGUGACUUAUUUGAGCAGUGGUUCUCCUUUUUUGGGGUGGAAAACAGAGAUAAGAUUAAGAUAGGACUAGUUUUAGAUGUGAUGCUUGGCUGUAAGUGUGGUGGGACCUGGUUCAAAAGACAUUUCAUGAUUGCUAUGGGGUUCUCAUUGUUUGAGAGUUACCCCACUGGUACCGUGCAUCCGUACAUAUUGGGGUGUCUUUCCGAAAUGCGGAAUUUGGGAAGAUGGAACUGGGCCGAGUAUAUGAUAGGGAGCCUUAAAAAAAAUUCUAAAACAUGGGGAGGGGAUGAAAACAAAGUAUAUGCUGGACCUGUAUUGUUUUUAAUCCUAUUCUAUGUCGAUCGUCUGCAUAUGCCUGGGUCAACAUCAAAAAGGGAAUUCCCGAUCUUUAUCAAUUGGUCAAGUGCUGCGCUGAGAAAGAGGCAAAGCAUGGAGCUUGACGAGGAAGAUAUAGUUCCUGUUACUAUUGUGGAACCAAUACAGCUUCCAAAUUACUAUACUGAAUACAUUGGUGAGUACGGAAUAUCUGAGGAGGAGAGAUUAUUGUCAGCUAGGAUAAUGGCAGAUGCUAAUGAAAUUGCUGAACGGAUGAAGAAGUUGUCUCUUUUGGUGGAUGGUGCACCAGUAACUGCUAAGAAAUCACCGUUCUUCGUCAAGACUGUCAAGGAGGCAUGUAACUUGACCGGGAUUACUAUAGACCUAAACAUACCGACGACUAAAUCCCAAACGUCGACUACUGAAAUUGAAAUUGAGGACGAGAUCGAGUAUCCCGAGGAAUUCUUACGAUAUGUUGAUAGUGUUUCUGGUGCAACUUCUUCCGAAGAAAAAAAAAUGGUUCGCCCUAAAGCUAUUGAUAUUCCUAGCUUUGACUUAACAAUUUUGGAUGAUGAAGAAUUGGACGUUAAUCAAAACAAGGCAGCUAAGGAUCAAGAGGUUAUUCACUCUCCUGUUAUGGGUCUAGUUUGUCCUGAACGACGUUCCAGCCCGGUUGGACGGGUUACUUCGAAGAAGUUGAUGCUUGGUUCAACAUACCCUCAUCCAUUAGUAGCGUUUGGUGCAAAGGAUGCAGCAUCCGAUUGUAAUCGACUUCCGUUAAGGAGUAUUGAGAAUAUGCAGACUGUAGGUUCCGGCAUCCAAACACCACCACAGAUAAAGAAGGGUUUAAAUUUGAGAACAUCCAAUUUCCAAUCACAAAAUGUGCAGCGAGGAAUAUGCACGAGAUUACAACUGGGGAGUCGGGAAAAACAGAUUGGGAUGUAUGCACUCUACAAAGAUGCAGGAGAAGAGACUAAAGUCUUAUUUAGUUACAAAGACAUUGUGCUGAGGAGGUAUGAUCUGACGACUUUGAAGAGAGGACACUGUGUGAAACCCUCUGUCAUUAAUGCAUGGAGCAUAAUAUUAAAUGGUGAUGAGCGUUGUCGUCCUGAAUAUCCAACCCGUUUUUUUGCCUCGACGGAAAUACAUGUUGAUUGCAUAGCUCCGAUUGGCCAAUCAUAUCAACAAAAGCAAAAGUCAUUCUUUAAUCAGAUGAUGUUGGAGAUCCAAGAAUACCAGAUAAAUCCAGUCAGCCUUAUUGAUAUGUUUUUUUUCCCGAUCUAUGAAGAUCCUCUGCUAUAUGCAAUAUGUGUCGAUACUAUUAGGCAACGACUGUUUGUUUUGGACAGCACUAUUGAUUGUCAUGGGUCUGAUUAUUGUGACAAGUACAACCAACUAUGCAAUAGUUUGUGUUCAAUGUUAUCAGAUUAUUUAUAUUAUAUUAAUGAGGAUCGGAAGGCAUUAAUUGUAUUGAAUUCUCCGAUAGAGAUUGUCAGGAUGAAAUGGUCGGAUGUUCGAAAUGAGGUCGAUUCAGGUGUGUAUCUAAUGAGGCAUCUAGAGACAUUUAUGGGGGAUAGUUCACAUAACUGGGACUGUAAUAUGUCAAAGUCUUCCGCGCGCCAAAUAUGUAGAAUGCGUGUUAGGUAUUGUUCCUCAAUUUUGAUGUGGAGUGGAAACGAUGUUCGGCAAGAGGUUGUAGAGGAAGCCGUUGAUUACUAUUCACAGUUAUGCGCAAGUGGAGCUACUGAUUUUGAUGUUAAACUUAUGGGUUGAUAACACUUUAUCGAUGUUAUAAUUUUUUUGAUGAGAAGUCCUUUCGGUGUUAGAUAUUAAGGAGCAAACCGGAGUAUUUAGUUUUUUAAUUUUAAAGUUUUACCUAGACUCAUACUACAGUUUGACGUUGUUAUAUUUUAAUUACCCAUUUUUUCUAAGUCAA